GGUUCCUCAGCCCUUGGGUUCAGUCUACAGAUCAGAGUGAAGCAGCCGUGAUGAAGUGGGCCGUGGUCCUGUGCGCCGUGCUGGCGCUCUCCGAGUGCAGCGUCAGGGUUCCUCUGAUAAAGGGGAAGAGCGCCCGUGAGUCUCUGGAGGAGAAGGGUAUGUGGGAGCAAUACAGGAAGUUGUACCCCUACAACCCCAUGGCCAAGUUCACCCAGAACUACGCUGUCGGAUACGAGUCCAUGACCAACGACGCUGACAUGUCUUACUAUGGUGUGAUCUCCAUCGGGACUCCUCCUCAAUCCUUCGUGGUGAUCUUCGACACCGGCUCGUCCAACCUCUGGGUGCCCUCUAUCUACUGCGGCAGCACAGCCUGCACCAGCCACCACAAGUUCAACCCUUCACUCUCCAGCACCUACCAGAGCAAUAACCAGCCACUCUCCAUCCAGUACGGCACUGGCAGCAUGACUGGCUUCCUGGGAUACGAUACUGUUUCGGUUGGUGGUAUUCAGGUUCCUCAUCAGAUCUUCGGACUGAGUCAGACCGAGGCUCCAUUUAUGGCUCACAUGAAGGCUGACGGUAUCCUGGGUCUGGCCUACCCCCGCCUGGCUGCUUCCAACGCACAGCCCGUCUUCGACAACAUGGUGCAGCAGGGUCUGGUGGCGGACUACUUCUCUGUCUACCUCAGCAGCAAAUCUCAGGCCGGAAGUGAGGUUAUUUUCGGUGGCUACAACCCCAACCACUACACCGGCUCUCUGGUCUGGAUCCCUUUGUCAUCUGAGACCUACUGGCAGAUCACCAUGACCAGUGUCACCAUCAACGGACAGGUGGUUGCCUGCAAUGGUGGUUGCCAGGCUAUUGUGGACACUGGCACCUCCCUGAUUGUUGGUCCCAACAGUGACAUUGCCAGCCUCAACUACUAUGUUGGCGCCACAACCAACAAUGGAGAUGCUGUGGUGAACUGCAAUAACAUUGCCAGCAUGCCAGUCGUGAGCUUUAACAUCAACGGCCAUUCCUUCACUCUGCCUGCCUCAGCGUACACCACCCAGUCUUAUUACUACGGCUGCCGCACCGGCUUCGGUAACGGCGGCUCCAGCCUGUGGAUCCUGGGUGACGUGUUCAUCAGGGAAUACUACACCGUCUUCAACAGAGCCAACAACUCCGUGGGUCUGGCCAAGUCUGUGUAAACACCCGCAUCUAAUCUGUAGAUCAUGUUAAUAACCCCUGAUAUAAUCUGAAGAAACAGAGCAUGAGAUUAUUAAUUCUGACCUGAGUCAUAAAGUGAUAAAGUGACAUUACAGCACUGUAAUAAAAUGAUUUGCUCUAAUGCGCA